AAGCCAGGAUCCUCCCUUCCCGUUGUUCGUGUGUGCGACCCCCGACUGAACUGUGAGAUCCAGUUUAACGUUAACUCAGGCCUUGUGAAAGUGUCAAUAGUGCUUUAAUUUACGUGUCUUUUGAUACUGGAUACAACUUUACAAAAUGGCAUCUGGAGUCACCGUGGCGGACGUUUGUAAGACAACUUACGAGGAAAUAAAAAAAGAUAAGAAGCAUCGGUAUGUGAUUUUUUAUAUUAAAGACGAGAAGCAGAUCGACGUCGAAGUGAUUGGACCUCGUGAUGCAGCAUAUGACGCUUUUCUCGAAGACUUACAAAAGGGCGGAAGCGGGGAGUGCCGUUAUGGUCUCUUUGACUUUGAAUACACCCAUCAAUGCCAGGGUACAUCUGAGGCUUCUAAAAAACAAAAAUUAUUCUUGAUGUCGUGGUGUCCCGACACAGCGAAAGUGAAGAAGAAGAUGUUAUAUUCUAGUUCUUUUGAUGCAUUGAAGAAAUCAUUAGUAGGUGUACAAAAGUACAUUCAAGCAACGGAUCUUUCGGAGGCUUCCGAAGAGGCUGUGGAAGAAAAACUCCGAGCCACUGACAGGAACUAAGCACAAAAAAAAAAGAAGUAUUCAAUCAGUCCGAUAAUUAUUAUUAUUAAAGGAACAAAAAACCUCAAGUGGUCAACAAUACAGGAAUCUUCUUCCUAAAAAAGAAUGCUCCCGUAACCGUCGCAUCGGGGAUUCAACUUUUUACAUAUUUUUCAUCUUAAAGAUGCUUUUAUUGCUACACAUGUAUCAAGGGUUUUAAAUAGGGAUGGGAGGGCGGGAUAAAUCAACAAAAUAAUGUUUAACACAAAACAAAAAACAAACAAACAAUAGGGUUACAUUUUUCAUGCUGCGGACGAUGUGUGAAUCUGUCUGGUAAAAUAAUAAGAAUAUUAUACUAAUAUAAAUGGUAUAAAAUGCUGAUUGUAAAAGCGUGUGCAGUUUACAACCGGUCAAAACAGUAAGAAUGAGAGCAUUACAUUUUUUGUCACAAGCUGUAUAAUGUUUAAAUUAAAUUCAUUUCAUAAUGAUA